AUGGAGUCGUCCAGCAUGUCGCUUGGUCCGGACGCAGGCCAGCCCUCGCCAGCCAACGGCCAACAGCACCCAGCGGUUGCAUCGCCCGACCGCGCUCGCGGGGGCCCGCGCGCCCCGGAUCUCACGGACGAAGCCUCCUCGCAAGCGUGCGGCGGAGAAGAAGCACGCGGAGGCCGGAAAUCCGACCGGGAAUCCACGUGGACGGCCCAGGACCUGCUCGCCGCUCUCCAGUCAGACCUGGGCGAGGUCGACCUCAACGGCUGCACGGUCGACAUCGGCCGCGACGGGCUCUGUCUGACCACGGGGUACUGGACGCUCGUGAACGGCACGAUCCGCGGCGGGACGCUCGCCCUGGCCGCGGGCGUGCGCAACGUCGCGUUCCGCCGCGUGACGUUCGCGGGGCCCGGCGGCAGCGCGGCGACGCGCACGCUCAAGACCGAGGCCGAGCAGAAGGAGGCGAUGCGGCACGGCGUGGUGGAGGUCGCUGGCGCGAGGAACGUGUCGUUCGAGGAGUGCAUUUUCGGAGGGGACCUCGACGACCAAGUAGCUCGCGUGAACGCUGACAUCGCGCGGACGGGCGAGUUCUGCACGUGGCUGCCGGGUCUCUCCGUGCACGGCUCGAGCACCGUGCGCGUCUGCAAGUCUGCGAUCUGUGCGCAGCUGGGGCCGGGGCUGUACGCGAGCGGCCGCAAGUGCCGCGUGCUCGUGACGGAUCGGUCGUCGUUCAUGCGCAACGUGACCGGCGCGCUCGCGGAGGACGGCGCGGUGCUGCACCUGAGCGAGGUGGUGGCUGACACGAACUUUGAGAGCGGCGUCUCCGCGGUCGGCGCGGUUCUCAAGGCUCGGCUCGUGCUGUGCAACGACAACCAACUGAGCGGCAUCGCCGUGACCGGGGGGAGCACGGCGACGCUGGACCGCUGCGUGCUGCACAACAACACCAUGGCAGGGCUUGUUGUGGAGCAUGGCGGCUCGAACGUCAUGGCGACAGGCCUGCGGUGCACACAGAUCUGCAGAGCUGCGGGUGACGACGGGCCGCUGGGGCUAGCGGUCGGCGACGACGCGACGUGCACGCUGCAGGGGGGGGAGCUUGGGGUGUUUCGAGCGUGCGAGGUCCGCGCCGGCGGCGUCGUGACCAUGACGGAUGUGUCGGUGACGUCCCCGGGGGCCAAGGCCCGCGCCAUCGGGCCCGUUGCGCGCGACGGCGGGCGGCUGUGUCUGACCAGGGUGAAGAUACGCGGCGUGGAGAACGCCUUCGCGGCGCUGGGGCGCGGCAGCGUCGUGGUCGCGGAGGCGGUCGAGUGCCACAACGUCGGCUCGGGCGCCUUCGCGGGGUACAAGCGCCCGGCGAGGGGGGGCACGGCCGAGCUGCGCGACUGCGUGUUCGACGGGUGCGGUGUCGCCCUGGCCGCGGACGGCGGCGGCCACGUGCGCUCCGAGAACGCGAAGAUCGCCGGGUGCAAGGUCUGCGCCAGAGCGAUCGCGGAGGGGCGAGUCGACGUGCGGGGGGGCGAGGUGUGGUGCGACGCCAGCGCGACCAGGUUUACCAAGCUGGAGGCCGAGGGCAAGAGGGCGAAGGUGACGGCGACGGACGUGACGUGGACGGGCGGCGGACUGCCCGACACGCGCGUCACUGGCGGCGCGGAGGUCGUGGUGACGCCGUGUGUGGAGGCGGGGGCGUGA